AUGCGUUGCGCUCGCGGAUAUGUUUGUUCACCGGGUAACAUCUGCUGUCCAUCAAGUGAUUAUGGAACAGCGAUAAGUGGCAGCACUGCUAAUCCAAUGAAAAAUCCAUUUCUUUGCACAGAUGGAACCCAAGCAGCAGGGGCUUGUAUUCUUGGCCAAUGUGGUUCUUCAUUUACAUGCAUGAACGGUUUAUGCUGUAAUAUAACAAGUAAUACACCUCGGUGUCUUGAUGGUUUUCCAUCUGCUGGUGCAUGUAUUUUUGGACAAUGUGGUACGGGUUUUGUUUGCACCACCGGGAAUUUGUGCUGUUUGACGAACACUAUCGCUAAUAUCAUACCUGGGAUGUGUCCAAAUAAUGGUGCAUCGAUCGGCAUUUGCAUCAAUGGCUUAUGUCCAACUGGUCAUACAUGUGUAAAUGGUCAAUGCUGCCCACAAAAUGUUAAUACAACUUUCCGUUGCUCCAAUAUUAAUUACGCUCUUGGACCGUGUGUUGCUGAUCAAUGUCCAGAUGGUGGUUUUCAAUGCGAUACAACAACAAAUUCUUGCUGUCCAGUGACGGAUCCUGUCGGUCCAUGCGUCGAGCCAGAUGACCAGUGUCCAGCUGGUAAUAAAUGUUUCAAAGAAGGUGCAACUCCUCUAUGUUACAAAGAAUGCGAUGGUCGAGGAACGAUAUCUAGUUCUCCGGUAGAUGGAACAUGUCCAACAGAAACUACUUUGAUUUUCGGUUCUUGCUGUACCUUAAAAGCACGAUUGUAUAAUCCAAUACAAACAUCAUUCCUUUCUGAAAGACAUGCUGAUCACUAUUCAUGGCCUACUUCUUCUGGAAUUAGAUCAUGUCCGGAUCAUACCGGACCUAUAAGUGCCUGUAUAAAUGGUCAAUGUGGAUACGGUUAUCAGUGCUACAACAAUGUUUGCUGUCUUCCGCAAUACACCAAUAUGAUGCUUCCAUUUUCUCCAACAACACUAAGGCCAAUAGGUAGCUCAUGUGAAUUUACGCAGCAAUGUAUGAGCUCCAUGGAAGGCUUGUCAAUUUGUGAAUUAGGUGUAUGCAGGUGUUUGCCAGGUGCUCAAUUCAAUGGAUUUGCUUGUGUUAGACGUUUUAAUGCACUACUGAACGAUGAAGUGCAAUCAUCCGCAGAUGGUACCUCAAUAGAUGAAUCUGAUAUAGUAACAGCUGAUAGUUAA